CCAGGCCGGGAGGGAGGCGAUCGCACCGGUCUCCCCUUUCCACCUAUCCUGCUUGCCUUGCUUUUGCUCUUCCCUCUCCUCGGACCUUGCUCUGGCCAUCCCUCGCAUCGCGCACUACCAGCACGCAGUCAUGCUUUCCUGGCGGGUGCUUGGCAUGCAGGCCGGUCGGCAUUCCGCCUGGUGGAGCCGACCAGCUGCACCGAGCACCGCGCGGCUGUGCCGGGCCUUUGCCGCCGCCGCCAUCCCGAAGCCGAAGCCGAAGCCGGCCGUGUCCGAGCCGCCGGCAGCCCCGGCCGAUUCGACAUCCUUCCUGGAUAACCUGCUUGCGCAGCACCGCCGAAGCACCCGCGAGGAGAAGCCGGCAGCCCACUUGUCGCAUCUGCCCUCGCCGGCGGGGGCCCCCUCGGUGAAGGCCUUCGUCGCAAGUGCGCCGGAUCAGCCGCCCGCCCCGAGCCCUGUCCGCGGCGCGAGGGCUGGUGCCUCUCCCCUGCUGGAGAAGCUUGUCACCUUUUCCCAGUACCCGGAUGCCUCGGUCUUUACCAGGAUGCAGCCGUCCGGGCUCAGCACCGAAUCCGUCGUCCCAUGGACGCCGGAGCUCCAGAAGUUCAUGGCUUUUGCCGAGGGCCACCCGAGCAUUGGAACGGCCCUUCACCAGUAUGUUGCCCAGGAAAUUGGCUUCGACGCAGAGUCCUCGGGGGAAGCCCCCCCCGAGGACCCGGCCGCCGACGCGGAGAAGGACAUCCUGGAGCGGACAAUCUCCCCGAAGCAUGCUCACCAUGCCCAGGCGUAUGCGAAGCUGCUCGGCCAGCCGACAGCGCCGCCACUGCCGCGCUUCGAGAGUUUCCUCCGAGACUACCAGGCGGAUUGCAUCAAUGCCUCGUUGGCGGCCCUCUUCGAGCUGGGCGAGCGCCGACAGGCGGUGUCCCUGCCGGUGGGGUCCGGCAAGACGGUCAUCAUGGCCGGGGUCGUGGGCCGGAUGAUCUUGCGGUAUGAACGCGCGGACGAGCGCCGGGCCCGGCUGACCGGCCUCAUGGGCAAAUUGCAUCACGCGGAUCUGGCUCCUCAGCUCGUUCCCACCGGGCAGCGGGCUCUGGUGCUGGCCCAUCGCGAGGAGCUGCUUGCCCAGGCGGCCAGACGCAUUUCCGGGGCCUUCCCCCAGCUGACGGUGGAGGUCAUCCGCGGCACCGCCCGGCCCUCGGCCAAGGCCAAGCCCCCGGCGGCCCAUGUGGUCGUCGGGUCGGUGGCCAGUCUUGGUCGCAGUGGCCCGAAUGGCAGCUUUUCGCCGCGUUUGCGCGCGCUGAACCCGGCGGAUUUCGAUCUGAUCAUCAUUGAUGAGGCGCAUCAUUCGGCGGCCCAGGUGUACCAGCGCAUCCUGGAGUACUUCCUUGGGGCCCCGAAGUUGGUGGCCAAGUCCGGGGCCGACCCGGAGCCGGCGGAUCCCGACGCGCCUGCCAGCGAGCAUGAGGACGAGUCGGCCCCUUCGGCGGCCGAGGCCCGGGCCAACUCCCCUGGGGCCGAUCUUUUGCACGCGCCCAAUCCCGACAUCCUGUUGUGGGGCUGCUCGGCCACCCUGCGCCGGCAUGAUGGCCUGGCCCUGAAUUCCAUCUUCAACGCCAUCAUCUACCACCAGGGGUUCGUGCGAAUGCUGGAGCUGGGAUGGCUGGCGCCCAUGCGCAUGCUUUCCGUCAGGACGCAGCUGGAGAUGAAAAACGGCCUGGCCAUGACGGCCGGGACCGACUUCAAUUUGUCCUUCCUCGAGCGGCAGCUCAAUGUCCCGGCGCGGAAUCGCCUCAUCGUGGACACAUACCUGUCGGAGGUCCGGGCCAAGGGCCGCCGGAAGACCCUGGUCUUCGCGGUGGACAUCCGCCAUGUCAACAGCCUGAUCGAGGCCUUCAAUGAGGCCGGCAUCGAGGCCGCCGGCAUCACGGCCGCCACGCCGGCCCCCGAACGGGAGCUUUUGAUGUGUCGCUUCGCCCUGGCCGACCAGGCGCUCGAUGGUGCCGGGCAACUUGGCCCGGGGGGUUCCCUCCCGGGUGAUCAGUCGGCCUCCGAGCCGGCGGCCGAUGACGGCCAAGUGUGGGCCCAUCCAGCGGCGUCUGCUGCCGCUGGCGGCCAUACCUCCAGACGGCCCCUGCCGGUGCUGAUCAAUUGCACUGUCCUGACCGAGGGCACGGAUGUGCCGUUUGUGGAUUCCAUCCUGCUCGCGCGGCCGACCCGGUCACCGGUGCUCUUCAUGCAGAUGCUGGGCCGGGGCCUGCGCCUUUUCCCCGGCAAGAAGGACUGCCUGUUUGUGGACUUCGUGGAUUUCAUCGACGAGGCCAACAUGUCGGCAGCCAUCGGCCUGCCGACCCUCUUCGGCCUGGAUCCGUCUGAGGUUACCUUUGAUGGGAGGCAAACCAGCGGCCAAUUUAUCAACAACCAGGACGUCCUCUCCUUCCUGGGUGACCAGCGCAGCAAGCUGGAGCGCUUGCUCCUGGAUAGCUCUUUCGCAGCGCACAAGCGCCUGUUCGAGCUAAACCCCCUGGCUCUCUUGUCGACCCAAAGCACGGAAAUCCGCGCGUCCGGCAAGAGAUCCCAGACGCGACAGGUGGCCAACUUCGCCUUCCGCCGGGCGGAUCUUCUCAAAAUGUCCCCGUUCGACUGGGUCUGUGUUCCCAACCCCGAUACCGGAGAGGACGACUUCCUCCUAAACAUGGGCAACUCCAAUACCCUGCGCAUUCAGAAGUUCCCCCCGCCGGAUCCCGAGCUGCUGCCUCUUCUCGAGAAGCAGGCCAAGGAGAAGGGCCUUUCCAAGUUGAUGGAGCGCGUGCGUGCCCAGCGUCUGAAGGAAUACUCCGAGGGCAUGGAGAUCUUGCGCAAGACAGGAUCACCACGAUUGGACUCCUACUACGGCGAGCUGGUCACCUCCCGCAAGGGGAUCAUCAGCCUCAGACGUCUGCCCUUGACUGCGGACUCCGUCCGGUCGGCGAUCAAUGCGGCUGACCAUUGGGUGUCGGCCAACACGCCCAACCGACAGAGCAUGAUCUCGCAGCGCAAUGACAUCCGCCCGCCGACUCCCAAGCAAAUCGCCUACCUCAAGCGCUUGGGCGCGGAGAAGUUCUUCGCCUCGGCACCGAAGGCCCCGGCCGCCGGGGAAUCGCUCCUCGACUCGAAGGCGCUGUCCCUCAUGUUGCUGGAUAUGCCCGAGGACGAUGCAUGGAUCAAGCUGCUGACCCUUCGCGAUGCGCAGAUUUUGAUCGAUCUCUUGUCACUCGGCUACGGGCGGACCUUUAACAAGGCUCUGGAGCAGGAGACGUCGGCAUUGCGACGGACGGCCCGGACUCUCUCCGGCAUUGCGCGUACCCAGCAGCAGGCGGCCCAGUCGAUCGCCUCCUUCUAGAGCCUUGGGCUGGGAAUGGUGCCCAU